AUGACUGGACAUGAUAGAACUGGACAAGACAAGAGGGUACCAAAUUUUAAUGAAAAAGUUGACAUAAUUGAUGGUAGUAGUAGUAGUGAUGGAGAUGGUUUUGGUUAUGGUGAAGUAUUGGUGGCCGACGAUAGUAGUGGCGAUAGAUGGUGGUGGUCGGUGGCUGACGAUGGUUAUGGAGGUGGAGGUAGAGGCAGUGGUGGUUGGUGGACGAUGAUGGUUAUAGGUGAUGUGAAAAUGGUGGAUUGUGGUGGUGGUAGUUAUGGUGGAGGUGAGGUGGUUGAUUUGUGUGGUUUUGUUUCGAACAUCCUACAGGUGGAAGCACCAGAUACAACAUGGGGACACGACAUGUUUGAAGGUCAUGCUACAGCACACCCUGCAAGAUCAAACAGAGUAUCGUCAGGAAUAGAGACGGGCACAAAACUCCUCAUAACUAACUUGGAUUAUGGUGUUUCCAAUGAGGAUAUCAAGGAGCUCUUCGCAGAGGUUGGUGACAUAAAGCGAGCUUCAAUACACUAUGAUAGGAGUGGACGAUCAAAGGGAACGGCAGAAGUAGUCUUUUCACGGCGUAGAGAUGCAGAAUUGGCUAUCAAAAGGUAUGAUAAUGUUCAACUUGAUGGAAAACCUAUGAAGAUUGAAUUGGUAGGAACAAACAUGGGAAACGAUGGUGCUGCUGCCUUGCCUUCUGCUGCCAAUGUGAUGUAUGGAAGCCAAAAUGGUGCACCCAGAAGAGGUGGAGUUAUGGGGAGACUUAGAGGUGGUGGUGGUGGUGGUGGUAGGACAAUGAGAGGUGGAGGUGGAGGUGGAGGUGGAGGUGGAGGUGGAGGUGGAGGAGGAGGAGGUGGUGGUGGUGGCGGUGGCGGCAGAGGCAGGGGUAGGGGUCGAGGUGGGGAACGUGGUGGGAAGGUGUCGGCAGAAGAUCUGGAUGCAGAUUUGGAGAAGUACCAUGCCGGAGCAAUGCAAACGGAUUAGAGAUAAAGUUUGAUGAAGAUAAGUUUGUACGAAGAAGGGCGAACAAGAGUUGUUUGUAUUUCCCAGGGUUUUUUGUGCUUACAGAACCAUGUCAGAAAGGAUAAUUUUAUUUAUAUCUCUAUCGGGACGCUGUUCAUGGCUUUCAUGUAAUAUUUCAGAUGUUUUAUUCAUUAAAAUGCUGGUGUUUGUUA